AUGGAAGGAGGCGGCAAGCCCAACUCCUCGUCCAACAACCGGGACGAUGGCAACAGCGUCUUCCCCGCCAAGGCGCCCGCGACGGGCGCGGGGCCGGCCACGGCCGAGAAGCGCCUGGGUACCCCGCCGGGGGGCGGCGCGGCCGGCGCGAAGGAGCAGGGCAACUCCGUGUGCUUCAAGGUGGACGGCGGCGGCGGCGGCGGCGGCGAGGAGCCGGCGGGGGGCUUCGAGGACGCCGAGGGGCCCCGGCGGCAGUACGGCUUCAUGCAGAGGCAGUUCACCUCCAUGCUGCAGCCCGGGGUCAACAAAUUCUCCCUCCGCAUGUUUGGGAGCCAGAAGGCGGUGGAGAAGGAGCAGGAAAGGGUUAAAACUGCAGGCUUCUGGAUUAUCCACCCUUACAGCGAUUUCAGGUUUUAUUGGGAUUUAAUAAUGCUUAUAAUGAUGGUUGGAAAUCUGGUCAUCAUACCAGUUGGCAUCACAUUCUUUACAGAGCAAACAACAACACCAUGGAUUAUUUUCAAUGUGGCAUCAGAUACAGUUUUCCUAUUGGACCUGAUCAUGAAUUUUAGGACUGGGACUGUCAAUGAAGACAGUUCUGAAAUCAUUCUGGACCCUAAAGUGAUCAAGAUGAAUUAUUUAAAAAGCUGGUUUGUGGUUGACUUCAUCUCAUCAAUCCCAGUGGAUUAUAUCUUUCUUAUUGUAGAAAAAGGAAUGGAUUCAGAAGUUUACAAGACAGCCAGGGCGCUUCGUAUUGUGAGGUUUACAAAAAUUCUCAGUCUCUUGCGUUUAUUACGACUUUCAAGAUUAAUUAGAUACAUACAUCAGUGGGAAGAGAUAUUCCACAUGACGUAUGAUCUCGCCAGUGCGGUGGUGAGAAUUUUUAAUCUCAUCGGCAUGAUGCUGCUCCUCUGCCACUGGGAUGGCUGUCUUCAGUUUUUAGUGCCACUGCUGCAGGACUUCCCACCAGACUGCUGGGUGUCUCUGAAUGAAAUGGUUAAUGAUUCUUGGGGAAAGCAGUAUUCAUACGCACUCUUCAAAGCCAUGAGUCACAUGCUGUGCAUCGGGUAUGGAGCCCAGGCCCCGGUCAGCAUGUCAGACCUCUGGAUCACUAUGCUGAGCAUGAUUGUCGGGGCCACCUGCUACGCCAUGUUUGUUGGCCAUGCCACGGCAUUAAUCCAGUCUUUGGAUUCUUCAAGGCGGCAAUAUCAAGAAAAGUAUAAGCAAGUGGAACAAUACAUGUCAUUCCAUAAGUUACCAGCUGAUAUGCGUCAGAAAAUACAUGAUUACUAUGAGCACAGAUAUCAAGGCAAAAUCUUCGACGAGGAAAAUAUUCUCAAUGAACUCAAUGAUCCUCUGAGAGAGGAGAUUGUCAACUUCAACUGUCGGAAACUAGUGGCUACAAUGCCUCUUUUUGCUAACGCAGACCCUAAUUUUGUGACUGCCAUGCUGAGCAAAUUGAGAUUUGAGGUGUUUCAACCUGGAGAUUAUAUCAUACGAGAAGGAGCCGUGGGUAAAAAAAUGUAUUUCAUUCAACAUGGCGUUGCUGGUGUCAUCACAAAAUCCAGUAAAGAAAUGAAGCUGACAGAUGGCUCUUACUUUGGAGAGAUUUGCCUGCUGACCAAGGGACGCCGCACUGCCAGUGUUCGAGCUGAUACAUAUUGCCGUCUUUAUUCUCUUUCGGUGGACAAUUUCAAUGAGGUCCUGGAAGAAUAUCCAAUGAUGAGGAGAGCCUUUGAGACAGUUGCCAUUGACCGACUAGAUCGAAUAGGAAAGAAAAACUCAAUUCUUCUGCAAAAGUUCCAAAAGGAUCUGAACACUGGUGUUUUCAACAAUCAGGAGAACGAAAUUCUGAAGCAGAUUGUGAAACACGACAGGGAGAUGGUGCAGGCAAUCCCUCCAAUCAAUUAUCCUCAAAUGACAACCCUGAAUUCAACAUCUUCCGCUACUACCCCGACCUCUCGCAUGAGGACACAAUCUCCACCAGUGUACACAGCAACCAGUCUGUCUCAUAGCAACCUGCAUUCCCCCAGUCCCAGCACACAGACCCCCCAACAGUCAGCCGUCCUCUCACCCUGCUCCUACACCACUGCGGUCUGCAGCCCUCCCGUACAGAGCCCGCUGGCCACUCGAACUUUCCACUAUGCCUCCCCCACUGCUUCCCAGUUGUCACUCAUGCAGCAGCAGCAGCAGCAGUUACAACAGUCCCAGCCACCGCAGACUCAGCAGCAGCAGCAGCCCCAACAGCCACAGACACCCAGCAGCUCCACGCCGAAAAACGAAGUGCACAAGAGCACGCAGGCCCUUCAUAACACCAACCUGACCCGAGAAGUCAGGCCCCUCUCCGCCUCGCAGCCCUCGCUGCCCCAUGAAGUUUCCACUCUAAUUUCUAAACCUCAUCCCACUGUGGGCGAGUCUCUGGCCUCCAUCCCUCAACCCGUGACAGCUGUUCACAGCACGGGCCUUCAGGCAGGGGCCAGGAGCACUGUCCCACAGAGAGUCACCCUCUUCCGACAGAUGUCAUCGGGAGCCAUUCCUCCAAACCGAGGAAUCCCUCCAGCACCCCCUCCACCAGCAGUCGCUCUUCAGAGAGAGUCCUCUUCAGUCUUACACACAGACCCAGAUGCAGAAAAGCCACGAUUUGCUUCAAAUUUAUGA